AUGCCCUGUCUUGCCCAGACUUGCAGACCAAGGCCUCUCUCUAAAGCUUCUCCCUUCGAGCCUGGGCCACUGGCAGCUCACACGCUCAGAGGGCUCCCAAUCAAAGCCAUUCUGUCCCAAGCUAGGCCAGGUGGGGGUGGGGGCAGCCAUCCUGAUGCUCACCGGACACUGGCCGGCAGCCCCGAGAAGGCAGGAGCCAUACCCGACUUCACCGUGGUAUUCACAGCUCAGAGCCCGGCUCACCGUCGAUGUUCAAGAGGAGAUGCCAGAGUGGCUCAGUUGGUUGAGCGUUGGCCCAUGCACCGAGGGUUGCCAGUUCGAUUCCCGGUCAGGGCACAUGCCCAGGUUGUAGGCUAG